AUGCCAUCGACACAAUUUUUACUCGUGUAUCUCGACGCGAAUGGAGAAAUCCGUCUAGAAUCAUCUGGGCCAAUCGCGGAUAGUUGCCACACGGUACUAUCCAUGAAGGUGAUUGAUGCAUUUCUGAGAGCUGGUCAGAUGUCUAGAGAAGUCUGCAUCCCCAACCACCAAGCAGUCGAGCCCAGCGUAACACUUUCCCUUUGUCAAAAAGAGCCGGACACAGUGAAAGGUUUUUCUCAUCCAUCGAUACCCAUCCAGACGCAUUCUGGAGGCGCCGAGCUUGCGAAUAAUCGGCUCAUGAGACAGCCUAUCACCGAGGCUGCUAAUUUUCAGCCUUUUUACAAUGAGCCGUCACCCUUUUUCCCCAGCAAAUCUUCCGAAUAUAAAUGGCAGGGCUUUUCCAACGAAACAUACAAGUCUGUGGGCGACAAGAAAGCCGCGAUAUCAGUCAAGAACCAUGAUCUCUUGACCCUUUAUUAUGAAAAGGCCUUCGAGAAUAUCCAGCAGACCAAUUGCCGGACUCUAGCUAAAGCCUAUGUUAAGCUUGUAGAGCCUCAGAAACAGGUGAACUACCCAUACAAUGGACGUAAGGUCAUCGCAGGUACUAAAAGCCAACUUGAUCCUACUGAGACUAAGCCACCGUGGUGGCCCUCGAGAGUCACCCAUCGGGAGCCAGAUCACCUUCCUAAAUUUGUUCAUAUUCUUCGUGAGAUGCGCACCAGCCACGGGAUUUCGGUUGCAAAACUUAGAGAAGCCGAUCAGCAAGUUCGCCAUCAUAUUAAUCCACCUGAACGAUUGCACAUCCUGGACGAGUUAUAUCGAGUCAGGCAACAAGAGGAGGGGUUAUUAGACGGACACAAUGGUUGGCUUUAUGGCACACCCUUCAAUCAUGAGCUGUUUUAA